AUGCCACUUCUUCUUGUUACUCCCAAAGCUAGCAGUGAUCAGGAGGCAGAAAUGCUUGUGAACAUUAAAGCACAUAUUCUUGUUCCGGAGCACCAAAUUCUUACAACUCAGAAAAAGCUUUACUGGAGAGACACACUGUUAAGGAAUCAGUACACCUUCGUCCAUUGUUUUCGUUUUGCAGGCGCAGAGAUAGUAGUGUUGUGGGACACUUUUGAUAGUCACAUCCCUAAUGAUUUCACUGAUGUUUUGAUGAUCACUCAAUCGGCUCUUAAAGAAAAGGGUAUUUAUGGUAGAUUCAAAUUCAGGGCUUAUGCUAGUGACCCGGCCAACUAUCCUGGAUUUCCUGUCUUUUGGAUAAACGAAGGCAUUAGAGAUGCCAAUGGCCGUAUCAUUGAUCUCAUUAAACGAGGAGCUCUUAAUCUUUCUGAGGUUCAGUUGUGGUUUGAUCAGAUGCUUCAAGUUGGGUUUGCCGAGGAUGUCGAGAUCAUAUUGGAAAGGUUGCCUGAGAAACGUCAGAGCAUGAUGUUUUCUGCAACAAUUCCGAGUUGGAUCAGAUCGCUUACCAAAAAGUAUCUGAAUGAUCCUCUGACAAUUGAUCUGAUGAGUAGCCUCGUUGGAGAUUCUGAUCAGAAGCUCGCAGAUGGAAUUACAACAUAUUCUAUCAUGGCAGAUUCUUAUGGUAGAGCUUCAAUUAUCGGUCCUCUUGUAACGGAGCAUGCUAAAGGAGGAAAAUGCAUUGUUUUCACCCAGACAAAACGGGAUGCUGAUCGCCUUUCAUAUGGCUUGGCAAGAACCUUCAAGUGUGAACCUUUACACGGUGACAUAUCUCAGAGUCAGAGGGAAAGAACACUUGCUGGUUUCCGUGAUGGGCAUUUCAAUAUUCCUGUUGCCACUGAUGUUGCUGCCCGUGGUCUUGGCGUUCCCAAUGUCGAUUUGGUGAUUCAUUAUGAGCUUCCAAAUAACACGGAGACGUUUGUCCACAGAACGGGGAGAACAGGACGUGCUGGGAAGAAAGGAAGUGCUAUUCUCAUCUACAGUCAAGAUCAAUCCAGGGCUGUUAAAAUAAUUGAGAGAGAAGUCGGGAGCCGUUUCACUGAGUUCCCUAGCAUUGCUGUAGAACGUGGUGGAAGCAUGUUUGAAGGAAUAGGUGGUCGAUCUGGUUCAAGCUUUGGUAGUCCUUCAGGUGGUGGUUACGGUUGUACUAGUGGCCGUUCAGGCAACCGUUAUUCUUCUGGUGGUUCAGAUCGUUCUUCUCAGUCAAGUGGAAGGAUCAGGUUUGGUGGUGGUUUUGGCUCAAACGAUGGUAAAAGGUCUUACUAA